CCACACUGACACACGGUUUAACCCACAUUUUAAUUUUUCUUCUUCUUCUUCUUCUUAUUAUUAUUAUCAUUAUAAUUUUAAUGCCUUCCCCUUUCCGUUUCUUUCUUUCUUUUUUCUUUCCUCUUUUGUUGUUGCUGCAGCGUUAGUCGUUAAAAGCGGAGACGCUGAACUUCCCAGGACAGAGGACUCGUCCCCUGAGCUGAACAGCAGACGAUAAUUUAUUUUGAAAGUUGGAUUUUAAACAGCUGAUCCGCUUGUGAGGACAUAAAGGGCUGCCAGAUGCAGCUCAGAAGAUGCGCUGAAGUGCACGCUGGAGGAAAUUUACGGAAUCCCCUGUUAUACACGGCAGUGUGGUGUGCGUAGAUAAGCUGCCAUAUGAGGUGAAAACUCUUCCCCAUCCUGCAGUAUUCCCUCCCAGCACUAAGAGCAGGAUUAAGGGAUGUCACGGCUGUUACUCCUUCUGGCAAUGCUAAUCGUCUCCUGCAGCAUCCAGGUGUCUCCUUCUGCAACCCUGGAUAAGCUGAAGGAGAGUUUGAAAUUGUACAUGGAGGAGUGCGAUCGCAACAACAGCCGAGACCCGCCAAGCACCGGCCUCGUGUGUAACAGGACCUUCGACAAUUAUGCCUGUUGGCCCGAUGGACUCCCCAACAUCACUGUCAGUGUGCCGUGUCCAUGGUAUCUGCCAUGGUACCAUGAAGUUCAGCAUGGUAAAGUCUAUCAGGAAUGUGACGCUAAUGGCCAGUGGAUGACAGCAAAGAAUACCAGCGAGUGUGACUCUAAUAAUCCAAGUCAGCAGUACUAUGGCCAUAUUCGGAUCAUGUACACAGUGGGCUAUUCCUUAUCAUUGGUAGCUUUGGUGUUGGCACUCGGCAUCCUCGUGUUCUUCAGGAAGCUGCACUGCAUGAGGAACAACAUCCACAUGAAUCUGUUUGCCUCCUUCAUCCUGCGAGCGCUGUCCAUCCUCAUCAAAGAUGCUCUGCUGGUGGCCAACAUCACAUCACAGGAACUCAGCAGGGAGCAGGAGCAGGGGUUCCCCCGGGCCUCGAUGCCUCCGGUGGAUCUGCUGGUCAACAAUGAGAUAACAGUAAGCUGUCGCAUUGCUGUGGUGAUGAUGCAGUACAGUAUCAUGGCCAACACCUACUGGCUGCUGGUGGAAGGAAUCUACCUCCACAACCUCCUGGUGAUCACUGUGUUUACAGAGAGGAACUACUUCAAAAUCUACCUGUGCAUUGGCUGGGGUACCCCUUUAAUAUUCCUUGUGCCCUGGGUGUUUGCUAAAUAUCUGUAUGAAAACCAUGAGUGCUGGGGCCAAAACAUAGACAUGAAUUACUGGUGGAUCAUCCGCUCACCAAUUCUGCUGGCAGUCGUGAUCAACUUCCUCAUCUUUAUCCACAUCAUUAAAAUCCUUGUGUCAAAACUGCGAGCGCAUCAAAUGAGAUACACAGAUUAUAAAAUCCGAUUGGCUAAGUCAACUCUUACCUUGAUCCCCUUGCUGGGUAUCCAUCAGGUGGUCUUCAUCUUUGUGACAGAUGAAUCCACGAAAACUACCAUCAAUCUUCGCCUCACAAAGCUCUUCAUUGACCUCUUCUUCUCCUCCUUUCAGGGUCUUUUGGUGGCCAUCUUGUACUGCUUUGUCAACAAAGAAGUGCAGUCAGAGAUUCUGAAGAAGUGGAAGCGCUGGAAGCUCGGGAGGAACAUUGAGGAGGAAUACCGUCACACCUACAGCAAUACACCUAACACGAAGACAGCCAGCCUGUUGAACCAUGUCUCUCGAUUGCCUCACCUCCCGGACAUCGCCAAAACCUCUUCUCCGGCCUGCAGCCCAGAGGAGAGGCACAUGCUUGUGGCUGGCUGCCAUAAUGGCUUGGUCAACAAUAAGGGGGAAGAGCAGUGCGACUCUCCGGAGCAAAAGGGAACCGUGAGCAACUGCACCCUGGUGGAGGACAUCAGCCUUAUGGACAAAGUGCAGUGUUACAAGGCUCAGAGGGAGAACGCAGAGAGCCACCUGUGACAGACGCAGGAUAACGAGAACUUGGGGAAGAAACUUGGAGGGCUCGGAGCUCUCACCUGGCGCUGACAUACUGCACUGGGCGGCUGUGAGGAGCUGGGCUGAUGGAGUCAUCUGUCAGAGCGCAUUUCGCUCAGAGAUCAGUGUCACUGGGAGACCGAGCAGCACUCAGCCCUCUCCACAGCCUGAGAACGGAGAGAUUAUGUGGCAGACGUCCAACACUGAGGGUCCUAAUGUGCUGUGAGCUUCGUGAAUGGAUUUCCGUACCGUACAUGUUUGUCAGACAGUGUGAGAAACUGCUGCAUGAUGAGCAAUGUGCCAACCGAAUCUCAAGGCAGAGAUAAGCCAUGUAAAAUAAUACAAAAAAAACAAACCCUAAAACCUCAAAUAGCAACAACAACGGCAACAAAGGAAAAAUCAGGACACAGGGUCCUUGCUUGCGCCUCUGCUUUAACUUGUGCUGUGUGUCUUCUGUGUAUUUUGUGGUACUGGUGUUUGAAGACAAACUGGACAUUGAACAGCAAACAUAUACACACAAACAGACCAAACAUGUGAUACUAUAGAAGAUUGCAGAAAACAGAGAAGACUGGCUUUCUUUUUGCGUUAGUUUGAUAUCUGUAUUAUGUCUUUGUCCAAACUGACUUUGGUGAAAAUGUGCAGAAAACGAAGAAACCUUCUCAUACAGUACCUCAUACAGAAAGGUGACCACAGUGUUGUUUAAGUGGCCUGAUCCAGGGCUCAUGGGAAAUUGGCAGCUGCUCUCAUUCCUGGCUUACAUAUAGCCUUAAAAAUAGGUCAAGAGAUUGUAUGGGAUGAAUUAUAAAUAAGCUAAAUGCUCA